CAUCGGUCAUGCAAGCGAUCUCUGAUAUUAAAAAAACUGCGAUUCAAGCGGAAGUUCGUAUCAGUACGUAUCAGGAAACUUUUCGAACUUUUUACGGUCACCACAUACCUUAUCCCGAAGAAGACGAACAAAUGGCUCACAAAUUGCAACACGACUGGGAAUCGCUCUAUUUGGGCGCUCUCUAUAGAGCCUCCACUCUGGAAAGUACUUGUGAUAGAUUUUCAGAGAUGACUCAGCAACAGAUCAAUCAUUUCUUAGAAGAAUUAAAAGAAUUUGCACAGGAUUUCGAGGAAAAUGGCCCUGGCAGUGUCGGAGAGAAUCUUGACUUUGGACUGGUCAAAAUGACGGAAUAUGGUGCGAAGAUUGCUCAACUAGAAGACAGACGCCAGAGUAUGAUCAAUUCGGAGUUGCUGUUUGAUCUUCCAGCGACCGAUUACUCGUGUUUCUUGAAAGUUAAAAAGGAUUACGAGGGCAUGGAAUUGUUGUACGAUUUAUACAAACAGCAAAGAAAUGCGAGGGACGAUUGGUCUCAAACGUUAUGGGUGAACCUGAAUCCUCAACUGCUGAUCGACGGUAUGGAUCACUACAUCAGAGAAUUCCGAAAAUUGUCGAAAUUCGUGAAGGAGCUUAGCAUCGGGCAAGCAUUGGAGUUGAACAUGAAGAGUUUCAAGAAUUCUGUACCGUUGUUUAUCGAAUUGAAAAACGAAGCGAUGCGCGAAAGACAUUGGAAAGAACUGAUGAAAAAAACUGGACAGUAUUUCGAUAUGGACCCCGACAGGUUCACCCUGCAAAAUAUGUUCGCGAUGGAGCUGGGAAAAUAUCAAGACAUUGCCAAGGAGAUUGUGAUGAACGCUGUGAAGGAGCUCGCCAUAGAAAGAGGGUUGAAAGAAUUAGCCGAAGUAUGGAAGUUCAUGGAAUUCACGGUGGUGAAACAUAUGAAAGGCACCGAGGAUCGUGGAUUCAUUCUGGGACCAGUCGAGGAAUUGAAUCAAGUCCUAGAAGACAACAUGAUGAACGUAAAUGGCAUGGCAGCCUCGCAGUUCAUCGGUCCUUUCUUAAACACCGUACAAAAAUGGGAGGUCACGAUGCACACGAUCGCUGAGAAUCUGGAAUUAUGGAUACAGCUCCAGAGAAAAUGGUUAUACCUCGAGGGUAUCUUCGUGGGUGGUGAUAUCAGAUUGCAAUUACCGGACGAGGCGAAGAAAUUCGAUGACAUAGAUAAAACGUUCAAGAAAGUAAUGGUGGACACCUCGAAGAGAUUAAACGUCCUCGACUGUUGCACGAUCAAUGGACGAAAGGAGGAAUUCGAAGCAAUGAUACACGGCCUCGACAAAUGCCAAAAAUCCCUGACAGAUUAUUUGAACAGCAAAAGGGUAGUUUUCUCAAGGUUCACUUUCCUCAGCGACGACGAAUUGUUGACCAUCCUUGGAAGUGGUCAACCAACAGCCAUCCAGGAACACGUGGGGAAGAUGUUCGACAAUUUAGAGAAAUUUCGCUUCGAUUACAGCAAUAGCGAUCGGGUGAUAACCACAGCGUUGAUUUCCUGCGAAGGAGAAGCUAUGGAGUUUCGUAACGCGGUUUUAGCCGAAGGGAAAAUUGAGGAAUGGAUGGGGGUUGCUCUCGACGAGAUGAAGAAAUCGAAUCGAUAUCUGACGAAGAAAGCAGUCUACAAUUAUGGAAAGGUAAGGAGAGCGAGGACAGAAUGGAUGCUCGAUUUCCAAGGGAUGAUGAUCCUCGCGGCUGAUCAGAUAUGGUGGACAGCAGAGGUGGAGAACGUGUUUGAGAAGAUUUCCAAGGGACAAAUGUACGCGAUGAAAGAGUAUCUCACGCAACUGAAUAAUCAACUAAACGAAGUGGUGACGUUAAUGGGUGGAGAGACACUGACGAACAACGAUCGAAAGAAAUUCGACAUGGUAUUAACCCUGGAUGUUCACAUGAGAGAUAUAAUCGAAGGUUUCGUUAGAGAUACCAUCAUGGAUCCUUCGGAAUUCGAAUGGGAAAGUCAGUUGAGGUUUUAUUGGCUUCGUGACCCGGACAAUGUAUGGAUCCACCAGUGCACCGGCACUUUCGAAUACGGUUACGAGUACAUGGGUCUUAAUGGCAGACUCGUUGUUACACCUCUAACGGAUAGGAUAUACCUAACGAUUACACAAGCCCUCUCGAUGCACCUCGGAGGUGCUCCCGCAGGGCCCGCCGGCACAGGGAAAACGGAGACCACGAAGGACCUGGCAAAAGCGUUAGGACUACUCUGCAUCGUGACGAAUUGCGGUGAAGGGAUGGACUACGUGGCUAUAGGGAAGACACUGAGCGGUCUGGCGCAAUGUGGUGCAUGGGGUUGUUUCGACGAAUUCAACCGAAUCGACAUCUCUGUACUUUCAGUCAUUUCUACCCAGUUACAAACCAUACGAUCAGCUUUAAUGGCGAACGCGAGCAGAUUCAUGUUCGAGGGUCAAGAUAUCGUGCUCGACUCGAAAGUGGGUAUAUUCAUCACGAUGAACCCCGGAUACGCGGGUCGUACGGAACUGCCGGAAUCGGUGAAGGCGCUCUUCAGGCCCGUCGUUUGCAUAGUCCCGGAUAACGAGCUGAUUUGUCAGAUAAAGUUGUUCAGUUCCGGCUUCUUGACCGCCAAAGUACUGGCCAAGAAGAUGACGGUCCUGUACAAUUUGGCUCGCGAACAGCUUAGCAAGCAGAAUCACUACGACUUCGGUCUUAGAGCGCUGAAAUCCGUCCUGAAUAUGGCCGGUCAACUGAAGAGAACCUCCGGCGAGCUACCGGAGAACGUGGUGCUCAUGAGAGCCCUCAGAGAUAUGAAUUUGCCGAAAUUCAUCUACGACGACGUGCCUCUAUUUUUGGGACUGAUCGCUGAUCUCUUUCCUGACCUCGAUUGUCCCAGAGUUCAUUAUCCUGAUUUUAACGAGGCUGUUAAUGCGGUGCUCGAAGAACAAAGAUACUCUGUGCUCUCUGAACAAGUGGACAAGGUCGUUCAAUUAUACGAAGUGAUGAUGACUAGACAUUCCACGAUGGUGGUUGGACCUACGGGGGGUGGGAAAACAGUGGUGAUCGAUACCCUGUGCAAAGCUCAGACUCGUCUGGAUAAACCGACCAAACUAUACACCCUGAAUCCAAAGGCAUGCACUGUGAACGAAUUGUACGGGGUACUGGAUCCAGUGACACGAGACUGGACGGAUGGACUUUUGAGUAAAAUCUUUCGAGAAGUUAAUAAACCUAUGAGCACUGGUAAAGACGAACGAAAAUAUAUUUUGUUCGACGGUGAUGUGGAUGCUUUAUGGAUCGAGAAUAUGAACUCCGUGAUGGACGAUAAUAAACUGCUUACUCUGGCGAAUCAAGAAAGGAUCAAGAUGCAAAAUUAUUGCAGUCUAUUAUUCGAAGUAGGAGACCUGCAGUACGCCUCACCAGCCACGGUAUCCAGAGCAGGAAUGGUCUACGUAGAUCCAAAGAACUUGGGUUAUCAUCCGUACAUGGAAAAAUGGAUGCGGGGCAAGAUCGAAUCGGAUAGAGAAUUGUUGAGUGGAAUGUGCGAGAAAUACAUUGACGGGGCGAUCAAGCUCAUUAUAGAAGGAAUGCUUGGCCUGCAGGCGGUCACGCCGCUUAAGAUGAUCAUACCGCAAACCGGCUUAAACAUGGUAACUCAACUGUGUUACGUGUUCGACAGUCUUCUGGCGAUCGCAGAAAAGGCAUCUCCCAUAAUUGAAAACGAAGGAGACGAAACGACUGUGAUAGAGCCAUUGUUCGAUAGAAAGGAAAUUAUCGAAGCGAUGUACAUUCAAGCUUGUUAUUGGUCCCUGGGAGCAACUUUGGUUAUCGAUGAGAAACCGCGUUUCGACGAAUACGUGAAAAAGACUGCAGGUUUUAUGCUGGUUCAAGAUACCGUCGAGAAACCAGCGACCAUACGGUACAUCCCCGUGGCUGAGAACACACUGUACGACUAUUACCUGGAUUUAAACAAGAAUAUUUGGAUCCCAUGGCGAUUUUUGGUCCCCGAAUACGUUCACGACAGAGAGAAACAUUUCUCGGAAAUUUUAGUCCCAACCGUUGAUACUUCAAGAGCCAUAUGGUUCGUUCAAACCAUGAGCGACCUCGACAGACCAGCACUUUUGGUCGGAGAAACGGGUACCUCGAAAACUGCGAUAAUCAAUGAAUUCCUUCGAAAUUUGAGUACAGAUAAAUACAAGCAGCUUCUGAUCAAUUUCUCGUCGAGAACGAGCUCGAUGGACGUGCAGAGGAAUAUAGAAGCGGUCGUAGAGAAACGAACGAGAGAAAUUUAUGGUCCACCGCCUGGAAAAAAGUUGCUGCUAUUCAUCGACGACAUGAACAUGCCAUUGGUGGACACUUAUGGCACUCAGCAGCCGAUCGCUUUGCUGAAAUUCCUGUUCGAAAAAGGAGGAUUCUACGAUCGGGAAAAGGAUCUAUCGUUCAAGUACAUGAACGACAUGUGUUAUCUAGCAGCAAUGGGGAAACCUGGCGGUGGUAGAAACGAAGUGGAUCCCCGAUUUAUCUCCAUGUUUUCUGUAUACAACGUCACCUUUCCCUCCGACGAAACUCUCCAUUAUAUUUACAGAAGUAUUUUAUCCGGGCACUUGCAAAUAUUCUCGGAGGAAGUGCAAGCAAUCGCUGAUGACCUGGUGCAAAUCACGCUAAACCUCUAUCAGAUUAUCACGAAAGAACUGCUUCCAACGCCAAGCAAAUUUCACUACAUCUUCAACAUGAGAGAUUUAUCCAGGAUCACUGCAGGACUUCUGCAAAGUCAUCCCGAUUAUCUAUCGUCGGUAAAACAGAUCGUCAGGCUCUGGAGAAACGAGUUCACCAGGGUCAUAUGCGACCGUCUGAUCAGUAAAGAGGACAAAGAUCUGGUAGAUGGGCACAUAAAGGAAAAGAUCGAAGAGCGAUGGGAGGAAGAGGAUUCUGAGACGGUCGCCUAUGCCAUGAGGGAUCCUUUAUUGUUUGGUGAUUUUAGAAAUGCGAUUAACGAAGAUGAACCACGAUUUUACGAAGACUUGCUGGAUUACGAAGCUGUGUAUAAUUUAUUCUUCGAGAUUUUUGAAGACUACAACGAGAGGAAUGCGACGAUUCUGCACAUGGUCCUCUUCAACGAUGCGCUCGAUCACUUGACCAGAGUGCACCGUGCACUCAGGAUGCACCGGGGUCACGUGCUAGUGAUCGGUAUCGGGGGAAGUGGGAAGAAAUCGGUGAUAAACCUAGCCUCCUAUGCGGCUGGUUAUCGAACCUUCGAAAUUAGUUUAACGCGUGGUUACAACGAAGCCUCGUUUCGGGAGGACAUGAAGAAUCUUUACAAUAUGGUGGGCGUUAAUAAUCAGAAGAUAGUGUUCGUCUUCACUUCGUCUCAUAUCAUCGACGAGAGCUUUUUGGAGCUGGUGAACAAUAUGCUGAUGACCGGAGUGGUACCGUCUCUCUUCACCGACGAAGACAAGGAUGAAAUUGUAAACUCUUGCAGGAAUGCUGCGAAGGAGGCUGGUUUUGGUGUCACAAAGGAAAGCGUGUGGGCGUAUUUCGUGAAAACUAGCCUGGAAAACUUGCGUAUCGCUUUGUCCAUGAGUCCAUCCGGAGAUGCACUUAGAACAAGGUGCCGUAAUUAUCCUGGUCUGGUGAACAGCACCACCAUAGACUGGAUAUUUCCAUGGCCUGAGCAGGCACUGGUAGCCGUGGCUAACGUUACUCUCAGAGAUAAUCCAAAUGUACCACAAGAAUAUACAGAACAGUUGGUUCAACACAUAGUGUACGUUCACAAGACCGUCCGCAAUUAUACAAUUGAUUUCCAGACGAAAUUGCGCAGAAGAAACUACGUAACACCGAAACAUUACCUAGAUUUCAUCAAUUCUUAUCUGAAUUUAUUAGUGGAGACGAAGGAUUAUAUAAAUUCCCAAUGUGAUCGUCUUUCUGGAGGUAUACAGAAAAUUGCCGAGGCUUCGGUGACGCUGAACGAUCUAAACGAGAUUCUGGCGGUACAAAGGGUUAAGGUGGCGGAUCAAACGAAGAAUUGCGAGCAAUUAUUGACUUCCAUCGGUGAAAGCACGGAUAUUGCGAUGGAGAAGAAGAAACUGAGCGAAGAGAAGAGGAAGGAGAUAGAAGAUCAACAGAAGGUUAUUAAUAAAGAAGAAACGGAAGCGAAACAAGUGUUGGCCGAGGCGCAACCGGCCCUUGACGCUGCUAGGGCGGCUUUGAGCGAACUGGAGAAAGCGGAUAUUACCGAAAUAAGAUCUUUCGCAACUCCGCCUGAACCGGUGCAAAUAGUCUCGGAAUGCGUGGCAAUGUUACGAGGUGUGAAAGACAUAUCUUGGAAAGGUGCUAAAGGAAUGAUGAGCGAUCCCGCGUUCCUGAGGAUACUUCAAGAAAUGAACUGCGAUAAGAUCACUCUUAAGCAACAGCAAUCGGUCAAGGCUCACCUGAAGAAGACCACUAAACUGGAUCAAAUGGAGACGAUCAGUAAAGCUGGAUUCGGAUUGUACAAGUUUGUAAUCGCUGUGUUGGACUACUGUGCCGUUUACAGAGAGGUUAAACCGAAAAUAGAACGCGUAAAAGCGUUGGAAGCGGAAUCGGAACGCGCUCGAAAAGCCUUGGAAAGGGAAGAGCGUGAAUUGAAGAAGCUCGAGAAAGCGAUAUCCGAAUUGAAUGCAAAAUACGAGAAGGCGAUGGAGGAGAGACAAAAGCUGCAAGAGGAAACGGACGUUCUUCAAAGACGCUUGAUAGCCGCUGAUAAAUUAAUCAACGGCUUAUCUUCGGAGAACGAACGGUGGAAGAAGGAAUUGGAAAACUUACACGAACAAAUUGUGAAGAUCGUCGGUGAUUGUGUCCUCUCGGCUGGAUUUCUUGCUUAUUGCGCUCCCUUCUCUUACGAGUAUCGAAAUAAAAUGCUCUACGAGGAUUGGAAGAACAGUGUAAUCGAGAAAAAGAUUCCUUUCACGGAGACUUUUCGAAUUGAGAGUCAAUUGAGCAAUGAUGUUCAAAUCAGCACCUGGACUUCCGAAGGUUUACCUCCGGAUGAAUUGUCCGUACAAAAUGGGAUUCUGACCACGAGAGCGUCAAGAUUCCCUCUGUGCAUCGACCCGCAGCAACAGGCAUUGAAUUGGAUAAAAAAGAAGGAACAAAAGAAGAACUUGAAAAUUUUAUCCUUCAUAGAUGCUGAUUUCUUAAAACAAGUGGAACUGGCGAUAAAAUACGGUCUACCAGUCUUGUUUCAAGACGUCGACGAGGUCGAUCCUGUUCUAGAUAAUGUUCUAUCAAAAAACAUCCAAGUGUCUGGAGGUAGAAUGUUUGUCCUCCUCGGUGAUAAGGAAGUAGAUUACGAUCCAAAGUUCCGGCUGUAUCUGACCACGAAGAUGUCCAAUCCCAUAUUCGAUCCUGCUUUGUACGCUAAAGCUACUAUCAUUAAUUAUAUGGUGACCAUAGGGGGUCUUGAAGACCAGCUAUUAUCAGUGGUCGUCCGAACAGAGAGGCCAGACAUCGAGGAACAACGCGAAAAUCUGAUCAUAGAAACCAGCGAGAACAAGAAUCUACUUCAACAAUUGGAGGACAGCUUGUUGCUCGAAAUAGCCUCGAACAAAGGCAACAUGCUGGAUAACAUCGAGCUGGUGGAAACAUUGGAGAACACGAAAUCGAGUGCCUACGAGGUGAUGACAAAAUUGUAUCUCGGCGAGGUGACCGCCGCAGACGUGAACAAGCUCCGAGACGGUUAUCGACCAGUAGCUAAAAGAGGAGCAAUAUUGUUCUUUGUUUUGGCGGACAUGGCGAUGGUGAAUUCCAUGUAUCAGUACUCUUUAAUCAGUUACGUGGAAGUAUUCAUUUAUUCGUUGAAAAAAGCGCUGCCUGACCCGACUCUUCAGCAACGCCUGAAGAACAUCAUUCCUAUGCUGACGAAGAACGUGUACGACUAUGGUUGCACAGGCAUCUUUGAGAGGCACAAAUUGCUCUUUUCUUUCCAAAUCUGUAUUAAAUUGGAACAGGAUCAGGAGAAGCUUACUCAAGGAGAGUUGGAUUUCUUCGUGAAGGGUAGUAUCGCGUUGGAGAAAGCGUCGAAAAUCAACCCCACCGACUGGUUACCAGCGACUGGAUGGGCGGAUGUACUUAAACUGAGCAAUGACUUUCCCGAUGUUUUUGGACAACUCCCUAACGAGCUGGAGGAACAACAUGAAGAGUGGCAGAAGUGGUACGACAGCGAUGCUCCAGAAUCCGAGGACUAUCCUCUGGAUUAUUCAUCGAAGUUGAAACCUUUUGAAAAACUGAUGUUGAUACGAUGUUUCCGUAUCGAUCGUGUUUAUCGAGGCAUCGUCAAUUACAUAAGCGAGAUCAUGGGAGAAGAAUUCAUCACUCCUCCGCAUAUAAGUUUCGAACUGAUCUUCGAACAAAGCACACCAACAAUGCCCAUUGUUUUCAUCCUGAGUCCUGGUUCGGAUCCAUCAUCGGAACUGAUGAAACUGGCGGAUGGAUACGGUUGCGGAGGAGGAAAAUUCAAGUACCUGUCCCUUGGACAAGGCCAGGAGAAGAUCGCAGUGGAGCUGUUACAAAUAGCCGUGAACAGAGGGCAGUGGUUGAUGUUUCAAAAUUGCCACUUGCUUUUGAGUUUCACCAGGGAAUUGGAGAAGUUAUUGGAAAACGUUGGGAAACCCCAUCCUGAUUUUCGUCUCUGGUUAACCACCGAUCCGACGCCAAAUUUUCCAAUUGGAAUAUUACAACAAUCAUUGAAAGUGGUCACCGAACCACCAAGCGGAUUGAAACUGAACCUUGAGAACACCUAUCUGAAGAUGACACCGCAGCUAAUCGAAAGCUGUCCGCAUUCUGCCUACAAGCACUUGAUUUAUGUAUUGGCUUUCUAUCAUGCCGUUGUUCAGGAGAGAAGACGAUACGACAAGAUUGGUUGGAAUAUAAAUUACGAUUUCAACGAGUCAGACUUCAAUGUCUGCACCACAAUUUUGAAUACCUAUCUAACAAAGGCAUUGUCAACGAAAGACAUCAGGAUUCCUUGGAACAGCUUGAAAUAUUUAAUAGGGGAGGUGAUGUACGGCGGAAGAGUGAUAGACAAUUACGAUCGUCGAGUUUCCCAAACUUACAUGGACGAGUACUUCGGAGACUUUCUGUUCGACAAAUUUCAACCUUUCCACUUCUACCGCGACGAACGCGUGGACUACGUGAUACCACCGGAAGGAGAGUACGAUGAUUACCUGAAUUUCAUCAAGGAACUACCCUUGGUGAACACUCCAGAGGUUUUUGGACUCCAUCCAAACGCUGAAAUUGGGUACUUCACCUAUGCGGUGAAAGAAAUGUGGAGCAAUCUCAUAGAGUUGCAACCACAGACUGAAGUAAGUGGUACUGGAAUAAGCAAGGACGAGUUUAUCGACAAUAUGGCGAACGAAAUAUUAAACAAAAUCCCUACAGAAUUCGAUAUCAUUAAAAUAAAGAAAAAUUAUGGCAUUUCUGUCACUCCAACCAUCAUCGUACUUUUCCAAGAAUUGGAAAGAUUCAACAAGCUAAUUCGUACAAUGAAGAGCACUCUAACUCAACUAAGAAAGGCUGUUGCUGGAGAAAUCGGUAUGGAUACCACCCUGGAAAGUAUUUCUACAGCUGUGUACAAUGGUAUACUGCCAAAACAGUGGGCCAAACUAGCACCAGAUACCAAGAAAACUCUUGCUGGAUGGAUGGAGCAUUUUGAGAAGAGAAUACAACAAUACAAUAAUUGGUCGGGCACAAACGAGCCAAUAGUUCUCUGGUUAGCCGGUCUGCACAUACCGGAAACGUACCUGGCAGCCCUUAUCCAAAUGUCCUGUCGCAGGAAUAAUUGGUCCCUCGAUCACUCUCUCAUGUACACAGCUGUAUCAAGAUAUACUAUACCGGAGAAGAUAGAAGACAGACCCGACGAGGGUUGUUACGUGAGUGGUCUGUAUCUGGAAGGUGCCAGAUGGGACCUCGAGGAACAAUGUCUGAAAAGGUCGCACCCAAAGAUCCUAGUUGAAGAAUUACCUGUACUUAUAGUGGUACCCGUCGAAGCUCACAGAAUCAGACUUCAGAAUACUUUCAAAACACCGGUGUACACGACGUCGAAUCGAAGAAACGCGAUGGGAGUUGGUUUGGUGUUCGAGGCGAAUCUUGCUACCAGUGAACAUAUAUCGCACUGGGUGCUGCAGGGAGUCUGCUUAAUAUUAAACACGGAUUGAAUU